AAAGAGAGAAAGAAAAUGGGAGAAACAGUGUGAUCGAUAGAGAGACACGGAGAGAAAGGGAGAUAGGGUGAGGCAGAGACGGAGAGACAGUUCGAUAGAUGAGGGAGAGAGAGAAAGGCAUAUAGAACAAGAUAUGAGAAGGAGAGAGACAGAGAGAAACAGAUAAAUAUAGAGAAAGAGAGACAGAGAAAGACACAUCCGGAUAGUCCGACGGACAAACACAUAUAUACAGUGGCAAAUCGAAAGAUCACCUAAUAUAUAUAUAUAUAUAUAUAUAUAUAUAUAUAUAUAUACACACACACACUCAGAGGGAAAGAUAGAAAGAGAAAAGCAAAGCGAAAGGGAGAGAGAAGAAACAGAUAAAUAUAUAUAGAGAGAGAGAGAGAAAAGAAGAAAUCCCGCCAAGUUGGUGUUUACGAUCAAAUCUUUCCUGUUGGCGGGGAAUUAUUCAACAGCUACUGGUGGUAUAUUAUAUUUGACCAAAACAGUUGCAGCCCCUUAAUUGUCAUCAUGGAAGAGUCCCCAAAUGAAAUUGAAGAUUUCUUCGGGGUCUAUCUUCUUUACAACAUCAACCCAGUUUAUAAGGAUCGAGUCUACAUUGGAUACACUGUCGAUCCAAACAGACGUGUCCGGCAACACAACAGUGGAAAGCAGGCUGGUGGGGCCUGGAAGACGAGUGGACGCGGCCCAUGGGAAAUGGUGCUAAUUGUCCAUGGUUUUCCCAAUAAUAUUUCAGCCUUGAGGUUUGAAUGGGCCUGGCAACAUCCCACCAAGUCUCGCCGUCUUAAACAUUUCCCUGCAAAAAAGAGUUCCGAGCUGAUGUACUCUUAUCGUCUGCGGGUCCUUGGAGAGAUGUUACGUGUGGGGCCCUGGAAACGUCUCCCGUUGACGAUCCGAUGGUUGAAGCAGGAAUAUCAGAGGGAGUUCCCUCCCAAACUCCUCCCUCCGACACACAUGCCCAUCGUAUAUGGCCCCGUACAGAGCAAAAAGAUCCCCAGUAGCAAAACGUCGGCCCCUGCAGAUACUGCAGCCCUAGACGUAGAAUUGAACACCUGCUCAGUCUGUCGCGAACUGAUUGUGGAUAACUUGGCUGAGCUAAAAUGUCUCAGCUGUAGAGCAAGGAGUCAUAUUAUAUGCCUCGCUAAACAUUUUCUCUCCAAGAAUCUCCUUGAAGACACGCUGUCUAUCUUACCUGUUGAUGGUAACUGCCCUGUUUGUCACCAGGAACUCUUGUGGGGGGAUCUGAUACGACUCAAGAAAGGCUGCUACCAGAGUCUCACUAAAUCACAGGAUGAUGAUGUUGAUGAUGAUGGUGAUGACUGGACCAAUGCUCUCAGCCAAGCAAUGUAAAAAACACUUUCCCAGCCAACAUACCAAACUAAUUGAUAUUAAAUAUGGCUUCGGUGAAAGAAAAAAAGAAAUGGGCUGGUACUUCUUAGUCGACAUGAAGGACGGCCAUGUUGAAAGAUAGCAGAAGUUUUUAAUGCGUUAUCACCUGAGGAGGAUCCCACGUGGCUUUUCGAUGAGGGUGAAGGUGGUCAAUAAGUUUAAAGAAUUGGGGCAGUGUCAUGGACAAACCCCAUUCUGUAUGACCAAAAUGUAUCGGAAGAAAUGAAAGAAACUGUCAUGGCUAAAAUUUAUGCUAGCCACCCCCACCAAAAAUCACUUUGCAGGGCAUCUGUGAAGCUGGGUGUUCCCAAAACAAACUGCAGUUAUAAUCUUAACCCUUUACCAUCCAUAUUCUGUCAAAUGUAUUACUUUUUUUUUAAUUAAUCCUUUAUUAUCAUAGCUUUGAGAUUACAAUAAUGUGAUCGUUUGUUUUUUGAUUGAUAGUGUGUGGUAGGUGUGAGAGGCUGGAUCUGGCCAGUUUAAACAUGAACACGAGAGCCUCCUCCUUCAGAAAGCAUCUAGACAGAUGCCGGAACACUGACAAAAGCAUAACAGUCACAGUUGAGGCCAAUGAAAGAAAUUUGGGUAAUUUAAGAAUUAAGGAAGCUUUACUCAUACACAGACUAGGACCCCAAAUUAACAACAGGCUGGAGGUUGGUAAUCAAUAUGUUAUUUAGCUACAUCUGGAUGUGUGUAGGUUCAUUCUUAAUAACAAAAAAAAAAGAAGGGGUUUAAAAAGGGGAAGCUGCACGUAUAACAUAACUUAGAAGCAGCGCUACAGAUGUACCGACACACACUAGAUUGAGACAUAGCAGACCUCACGCACUUCUCAUGAGGAAUUCCGGAAGAAGCUUCGUGAGACCACUACUGAAACGCUUCCGAAAAAAGAAAAGCCUUUGGAAAACGGAUUAUAGCAGCGACUCCAUCUAAGAAUAUCUGAAGAAGGAAUAAUUGUAUUCCAAAAUAUCAACGGACUAUGGAUAACUAAAUUACAACAGGUAUAUAGUCCAUUUUUUGGUAUUAUAGUGCAUUGUUGUACCAUUCAAAACUUCAUUCUUUACAGGUUGAGUAUUUGAGUGAGAUACGGCCAGUUUAAAUGUUAAAGGGUUAUAUAUCUAUGUACGAAGCAAGGAAGGAGACCUCUUCAUGGUAGUAAUUCCUGUUAGAAAUAGCAGUCAAAUCUCUCAAACCACACCCUAUGUCUGAAAUAUGUAUAACCAUUUAGCAUCCAGGUUAUUCUGCCAAAUGCAAUGCUUAUUUAUUCACAUUUUCAAUUAAUCAUGCAUUAUCUCAUAGCUUUAAGAUUUCAAUGGUGUUUAUUUUUCGAACGACACUGUAGGAUAGGUGUAAGAGGGCCAGAUCUGACUAAUUUGAACAUAAAACACCUGGACUAUUUUGGCUGGACAUGGCCAGUUUAAAUGGUAAAGGGUUAAAAAGAAAACCAGUUUCACCUGUACAAGUUACAAAUCUUGCAUCACUUAACAGAUGACCCUGAUAGAAGACUUGAGAUGUCAAUUGGAAUGGUUUAUUUCAAUAAAUUGGAUGAAAAACCCAUUUUACUGAAGACUGUUGUUCAGCAAUGAAGCUUUGUUUUAUGCAAAUGGUGAGGUUAACAGGCAGAAUGCUCAAUACCAGACGCAGAGUAAUCUGCAUUCAGUGGACCAUUCCAAACAGCAAGGAACGCAAAACAUUAUGGCGUGGUAUGGUUUGUGGAAAGCUCAUGUGUUGGGGCUAUUUUUCUUUGAUGAACAUGUAACUGGUGAGACUUAUGUUGCUACGUUGAGAGACCAGUUAAUGGCCCAGCUUGAAAGGCAAGGUGAAGGACUUUCCGAGUGGUUCCAACUGGAUGGUGCCCCUGUCCACUUUGUCACAGUGGUCAGAGAUUGGCUGAAUGACAAUUUCCCCUAACUGGAUUGGAAGGCAUGGUCAUAUAGAACCAGUGGGGGUGGUCUCACAUGGAUUGGUAUGAAAAGGGUUAAAGAAGCUAUCAGCCAACAUAGUCAAACCUGACCCAUGCACAUCUACUGAAAGUCUAUAUCAGUGGUUCCACAUGGCCCAUGGAGGGGCUAUAUAAGAUUUUGUUAAUAUCAAUCUGCAAUAAACUGGCUGUACUUCCCAGCUUGAGCCAGCAGGGCUAGACCAAGGGGAUGGUAAAAGGCCUGACAGUAUGACCGUUUUCCUGUUCCAUGUGGUGGGUCCCUCAUCUGGGAUGUCAAAUGCUGUGACAUCUUGGUGGCGACAUGGCUUAUUCAGCAACCAGCCCAGGCUGCACUGCUCAUCGGGUUGAGAAAAGCAAAUCGUUCAGGUAUCGGUCACUCUUUUCCAUUUUGUCUCAGGAAGUCAUAUGUUUCUCACCUUCAUGUAAAGUUCCUCCAUAUAUAUAUAUAUAUUUAUUUUAUUUAUUUAUAUCCGAAUAAAUACUUCUAUAAUACACAAA